AUGCAGGCUAUUUUGUUGGGGCAUACUGAUUCCUACACGAAAGACAAAAUGAUGCAAGUGACCAUCGCAUACAACCAUUUUGGCGAGGGUCUUAUACAGAGAAUGCCAAGGUGUAGACAUGGAUAUUUCCAUGUGGUAAACAACGAUUACACUCAUUGGGAAAUGUAUGCAAUCGGUGGAAGUGCUAACCCUACCGUUAAUAGUCAAGGAAACCGGUUCCUUGCCUCGGGAAACCGGUUUGCUAAAGAGGUGACGAAACGGGUAGGUGCAGGGGAAGGAGAAUGGAACCAAUGGAACUGGAGAUCACAAGGAGACUUAUUGCUAAAUGGUGCCUACUUCACUUCAUCUGGAGCUGAAGCUUCUUCAAGUUAUGCUAGAUCUAGUUUAGCUGCUAAAUCAUCUUCCCUUAUAGAUAUGCUUACCUAUAGCUCUGGUGUCCUGAAAUGCAGGAUCGGUACGCCUUGUUAA